AUGACGUCGUCUUCUUCGUCAAUGGCAGAGUUAUCAUCUUCCUCUCCAUCUUCUCCGGAUAACCGGUCGGCGAAGUUGAAGCAGUGCAAGCUUGAUGCUCGACGAGAGCAGUGGCUAUCACAAGUGAAGAACAAAGGGUCGAAGAAGGAAGUGGACAUUGGAGCGAAUCAGGGUCCGGCAACUGACAUUGCAAAUAAGAGGGGCCGAUUGGUAGAGAAGUUAGAGAUAAAGCUGAGAGGGAAGGAAGACUAUAAAAUAAAUAAUGAUUCCAUAAACCACUACAGCGAUUGGGAUUCGAAUUCUAAUAGCCCCAUCAGCCAUAGUAGUAGUAUUAUGGAAGGGAAUGAUUCUGGGGCCAAUUUUGCAGGGAGCAGCAGCAGCAUUAGCAGUUGCAGUGGAAGUGUUGAGUGUUGUUCAGAAAGUUUGAGUGAAGAAGAUGAUGACUGCAUGGACGAUUGGGAAGCUGUUGCAGAUGGUUUGGCUGCCACCGAUCAGAAGCUGGAGCAGCAUCACCCUGGAGAGAGGGAUGAGAAUGUUCAUUUGAGUUCUAAUGGGGUUACAGGAAAUGAUACAAAAAAGAAGUCUGAGCAUAGAGGAUUGGCAUCUAGGCCUCCUGUUAGUUGCAAGGCAUGGAGGCCUGACAAUGCAUUCCGUCCGCAGAUUCUGCCAAACUUGUCUAAGCAAUAUAGUUUCCCAAUGAAUUCUGAGCGGCAUUGCCGUGGAGGUGCUGUAUGGGGAUGUAAAAGGUUAUUAAUACCCACAUCCUGUCCUAUAUGCUAUGAGGAUUUGGAUUUGACAGACACGAGUUUUCUCCCUUGUACAUGUGGCUUCGUGCUUUGCCUUUUUUGUCACAAGGGCAUUCUGGAGGAGGAUGGACGUUGUCCAGGUUGCAGGAAGCAGUACAAGCAAAAGUCAGUGGAGGCAGAUGGAGGCAGCUUGAAGUUCCGGUUGGCUCGAUCUUGUAGCAUGAUCUCAAGGUCCUAA